GAUUUAAAAAAAUCCACAUACGGUGUUCAUAAAACAUAUUAUGUACAAUACCUAAUUUUUUAUAAUAAUAUCCACAGCCUUGUGAUUUGUGAAUGAACGUGAUUUAAAACCGGAUGUCUGCACUCAGAUGUAAAUGUUGCUGUAAACAUAAACAACGGGGAUACUGUUAUACAAUGUAUUAUAUUAGAGGAACGACACUAUUUGCAAUCACACUUCUUACGAUAGCGACAUCACUAGCCGCCACACCCGCUCUAAUCCUCACACCUCUAAUAAAGGAAAACAAAUGGGAACAAGCGAGAGAAGCUUCCACAGUCAACUCCAAAGACUUCCUUAAUAUCACAAGCUACUCCGGCUUCUUAACCGUUGAUGAGAGAUACAACUCUAAUUUAUUCUUCUGGUACUUCCCCGCGACUGAAAAGCGGGUCUGGGAAGUUCCUGAGUCUAAAGAGAAGCAGGGACAGACUCCAUGGAUCAUUUGGCUCCAAGGUGGGCCGGGAGCUACCAGCUUGGCAGGACUUUUUGAUGAAAUGGGCCCGUUUGAAUAUGAUACGAGUAGCAAAACGUUAAAAAAACGUAAAUUUUCAUGGUGUGCCGAAUACUCCAUGGUGUUUAUCGACAACCCCGUAGGAGCCGGGUUCAGUUUUACGGACAGUGAAGAAGGCUUUGCCCAAAAUAUGGAAAUGUAUGCAGACAGCCUAUACAACGCUGUGAAACAGCUCGUUCAAGUAUACCCAGAACUCAAUAAAGCGCAGUUGUAUCUCGCUGGAGAAUCGUAUGCCGGCCUGUACGUGCCUGCUUUGGCGAUGAAGAUUUUGGACGGAAGGGAUGAAACCAAAAACUCAAUCAAUUUAAAGGGUCUCAUCCUGGGUAACCCCGUGCUAGACCGCAGCAACAUAGUGGACUACACGAGGGUGUUCUACAACUGGGGGCUGGUAGACGCGCAGGGCGCCAGCGCGGCCAAGCCUCUGCAGGAUCAGUACCAACAAGCGAUUCACAAAGGGGAUGCUAAGGCUGCGUAUGAUUUACGCGAAGAACUAUUGGACAAACUUCAAGAUAUAGCCUACAAGGGACAACUGUACAACGUUUUACAAGACACGGGAGGGUUGCAGGACUUCGUUCCCUUCAUCACACGGCCUGAUGUGAGGGAGUCUCUGCAUGUUGGUGACUUAACGUUCACAUUUUCCAACGGCACCGUUCACCAGAAACUGUUACCGGACUUCUUGUCCACCGUAUCUUCGAAGAUUGAAAUUCUGCUUGAGAAUUACAAAAUUUUGAUAUACUGUGGUCAGCUAGACUUGACAUCGCCGUGCGUGCUCAACGCUGAAGCUCGUCGCAAGAACUGGCGCUGGAGUGGAAGAGACAAAUUCCUCGCCGCGCCGCGCGUUCCGUUGUGGUUCAACAAUACUUUUGCUGGAUACGCAAAAGCAGGAGGGAAUUUCACUGAAAUUCUGGUCAGUGGAGCGGGUCAUUUAGUACCAAUUGACAAACCGGCGCAAGCGCAACAGAUCGUGACCAAUUUCAUCAGGGGUCAAGACUUUCCCGUGCCAGCGCACUAUAAACUCAUGAAGCACGACCCCAAGUAUCAAGAGUACAUGGAUUUACAGACCUCUGAAAUUUUAUCUAAUAGUUCUGGUCUAACUAACGGGUUGAUAGCCAGUGUUGUAUUGAACGUGUUGUUGUUGAUAGGUAUAGUUAUCGGUGGAGUUAUGACUAUGAGGUGGAGAAGGGAGUAUAACAAUUACUUCAAUCUGCCCUUCAGUGAUGAUAUACUUACUUUGGCAUAGAGAAAUCAUCUACGAUUUCACCAGGGGUCAAGAAUUUCCAGUGUCAUUGCACUAAAAACUCAUGAAACCCGACCCAAAGUAUCAAGAGUACAUGGAUUUAGGGACUUCUGAAAUUUUAUCUAAAAGUUCUGGUUCUGGAUAGCCCGUGUUGUAUUGAACGCGUUGUUGUUGAUAGGUAUAGUUAUCGGUGGAGAAGGGGGUGUAACAAUUAUUUCAACCUGCCCUUGAGUGAUGAUAUACAUACUUACUUUGGCAUAGCGAUGUCUCUACAUAUAAAUCAUGUACAAUUUCAUCAGAGGUCAAGAUGAACUUUAUUUUGAUAUUGGCGAUUCAAAAAGCGCCGGUUACUUAGUUAUACAAUAUUUCGGUGUACCUACCUACUUAAUUUAAGCGACUUGAAAUAGGUAUUCUUUUUAUAGACUUUUAACCGUCGAUAUAAUUUUUGUAAGAAUUUUAUAGAUUUUUUUUACAAAUUAAUCUUAACAAAAUGGACCUAUAGGACCAUGUCUAGCAACCGAAAAUAUUAAAUUAAGUUAUUUAUCUUAGGUCUUAAGCUUAAAUUGUUUGUCAAUUAAUUUGAUGAUCUUUGGUAAAGAGAUACCUUGCAUUCCGAGAAAGACAGGCUGCUUUUUAUCCCAGAAAAUCAAAGAGUUACCAUAACAUUAAAAAAAAUCUAAAUCCACACGGAUAAAGUCACAGGCGUCAUCUAGUCUAGGUAGUUAUAAAUAAAAUAAAAGUCCAACUUACAUUACAAGUUACUGUUGUGAUAUUUUGGUGCAUAAUUGUUGUUAUUGUAGUUAUUAUUUCUACUUUUAUACUUUUGAUUAGUCUGUAUUUAGAUUAAUACAUAUUGAUUGAGAAUGAAUAUAUUUUAUACUGCAAAGACGGAAA